UUCUUCUUAAAAAGCCCAAAAAGAUUCAAACAGAUAAUUCAGAUUAUAAAUAAAAACAAUCAAGAGGAAAAAAAAAAUAGUGGAAAGAGAAAGAUAAACCAUUGACUCCAGCGCCAGUUUUGCCCACAAACCAGCCUUCAUUACAGUGCUUCAACCAAAUACCUUUCGAUCCCUUCUCACCUUCAUCAUUAUCAGAAAUGGAGUGCAUGUGCAUGGAAGCUAGAGCAUUGAAAUCGAGAAAACUCAGGGAACAGGGUCUGAAAUCGACCCAACAAGCUCUUCUUGAGGAUUUUUGGUGUUUGAGUGGAGUUAAUGGGGUUCCAAGUGAUGAUUUUUCUGUCGAUUGUUUUCUUGAUUUUUCGGCCGGAGAAUUUGAAGACGGAGGCUCCAUCGAAGAAGAGGAGCAGGAAGAAGAAGAAAAAGACUCCCUUUCUGUUUCAUCUCAAGAUAACAACCCCAAUUCUGCCGGUUUCUCUUUGGAUUCUCUCCUCACCGAUGAACUCUCUGUUCCGGCUGAUGAUGUCGCUGGCCUUGAAUGGGUAUCUCAAUUUGUGGACGAUUCUCCGCUGGAAUUUCCCCCGUUGUGCGCGUCCAGUAAACAGAAGACGAACAGCCAUGCAGAACCAGAACGGAAACCCGUUUCGGUAAAACCGCCGUGCUUUCUUUUACGAGCUCCGGCCAAAGCAAGAACCAAACGGCCCAGAACCAGCAGCCGGUUCUGGUCUGAUUCAUUAUUGUUGCUAUAAACAUGGAUAUGAGUAAUGAACCUUUUCUUUUUAAUGUUUGUGUGUCCGGAGUGUUACAAUAUCAAUAUUUAUGUUAAAAUAUUAUGUUUAUAUUGUAAUUUAUUAUAUAUAUUUAAAUUAAUUAAUUUUAUACUU